GUGUUGGUAACUGGUGUUAUUAUUUUCGUUUUCCCACUUGUUUCAGUUUGUAUCUGCUCACCCAGUGAGAGAAGAAAGAAGAUGGACGCUUGAUCCCUGACUGCUACGCGCCCUUAUCCAACAAGAACAAGAACAAGAAUUUGUAAUUUGACUUCAAGAGUUACACAACUGGCUACUCACUUUGGUACACAUUAUAAUAUGGCAGUGUAAGAGCAGAGGAAUUGUGUCAUCUGGAAAUCCUGGACUACUGCUUGAAAUUGAAUGGAGAUCAUGCAUGAGUUGCAGCCAGAGCGUCCCUCGGGCGCCGACGAGCCCGACCUGCUGGAGCUGACCGCGCAGAUGGGCGAUGUCCGGAUCGGCGGCCGGCCCGUGUCGGCGCUGUUGGCCCACCAGGCGGCCCCGCCGCGGCCCGUCCCGCUCCUCUCCCAGAGCCAGUACCGGCCACCGGAGCCUGCUGUCGUGUACUCGGUGUCUGUCAGUCCGCCGCAGCCGCCGGCCGGCCUCGGGCAGCGGCCCGGCCCGCAGCUGUCCCCGAGCCACUACCAGCCCGGCUCCGGCCUGACCGCCGAGUACCUGCCGUCUUCCAGUCCGUACCAGCCAUCUGUCGGUCAAUAUAUCCCAUCUACCAGUCACUACCAGCCAUCUACCAGUCAGUACCAAUCUUCUACUGGCCAAUACCAGCUCUCUACCAGUCCAUACCAGCCCUCUACCAGUCCGUACCAGCCAUCUACCAGUCAGUAUCAGCCGCCUGGAGGCCAGUCUUUUCCAUCCACAGGCUGGCCGGCUGCCCCUGCCGUGCCGUACCAGCCGUCUGCUGCCCUGUAUGAGCCGCCACAUGGACCGUACCGGUCCCCAGCCAGCCAGCGGCAGCAGCCGGUAGGGGUCCGACCCGGCGUGUCGGUCCCUCGGCCGCCGUCCCCGGUCAGAGUGGUCGCCCCAGCGGCACCGGCGGCGACCUCUGUACAGGAGCCACAGAGCAGUGCAGAGCGACUGCGGCUGCAGCACGAGGCGUGCGGUCGCCUGCGGCUGGAGCUGGAUCGCACCCGGCGCCUCUGGGACCGUCUGAAUGCGGAGACGGCCGACCUGACCCGGCGGCUGGAGAGUGUGCCAGCAGCACCCCUGGUGGAUAACCGUCUCCGGUGGGCAGAGUCGAACCACCGCCUGCGCCGGGAGUGUGAUCGCAUGGUGACCGAGAUACAGGAGCUGCGGACAGCACAGCAAGUCCGUCGGAGCUCUGCCAGUUCCAGCAGCGGGGUGUCGACACUGCGACAUACUCAGUCAGGUGCCGACCCGGAGGAUGUGGGCGAGGGCCCGCCGUGGGAGUGCAGCGCGUGCACGUUCCACAACCACCCGGCCAUGUCCGCCUGCGAGCAGUGCGAGAUGCCGCGGCCGCUGACAGGUACGCCGGCGGCCGCCGCGCCCGUGCCGGCCGCCGCGCCGGGCGGCUCGGCGCCGGCCGCCCUCCAUUCGGCCUGCUAUUGCCACCCGGCGGGCGGUGCGCCGCGCGCUGCCGCUCGCAGCACCUACUGCAGCUGGCCGGAGUCAGACGGCUCGGCCGGCAGCGGCGGGGGCGGGGGCGGCCGGGCGAGCCUCCAGUACCGGCUGGGGACCCUCUGAGGCGGCCCGCCCUGCCCGUGAACAGGCUGUGAGGGAGGGACGGACUGACAGGGGCGCCGUCUGGUUCGUUUCACGCUACCCGAGUCCCCGCAGGCUUCAGUUCUAGUCGCUGCUUUGAGACGGGACUCCGGACGUUAGGUCGCUCCACAGAGCCCGAUCAUGUAACCGGUUUAUCCAGAGCAGCAACCUGUGUGACCGACGACACGGCGCUUCUGAAGCCUGCAGGUUCAGACUCGUGGCCGCUCUCCCCCUCCGUUCAGUGUUGCGCCCUUCCAGUCAGCGAGGCGGUCAGAUCUCUCAGGGUUGACAGUGUUCGGUGACGUGACUCGACAGCCGGGCGCCUCUGAGUUUGUGUGUGCGUGUCUGUGAGUGUGCAUGCCUGUUGUCUGUCCCCCAGAAAUAGCUGACGUUUAGGAGUGCAAACGGCACGAGAGAGGGCGGCACUGUAGUGGUACACGACCGCGUUUGUUUUGUCCCUCAGCUGAAACUAUUAUCGUCUCGCUAAGAUAGCCGAUUACUGGGCUGAUGGGGCUACAAUUGUGAUAAUCUGAUCCUGGAACGUGGUCGGACGGACGGCGGGAGGCUGGCGGUUUUUUGUUUGCCACUUCAGAGCAAUACUCCGAUAUAUGUGGACGAUCAUCUCGGCGUGGCUGCCCGAGGUAUGCGGUCCGGGCCGGCGCCGACGGCCGCCGUGAUUGGCUCCCGGCGCCGGCUGUUGUCGUAGGAUGUCGCUCCGAGUCAGCCGAGCUGCCCGAGGUGCUGGCAGCCGGCGAAUCGGGCCGCACGCCGCCAGAACUGUCAUACGUGACGGGCAGCCAGUCCAGCUCCAAUCGGCUAAUUCAGAAUACUAACGUACAUACCGCGUACACUACUCAUCUGGUGCUUCCUCAGUGAUACGUUCAGUGUGUCGCAGUAACAGCCUGUCCUACCCUCGGUAUAGCGUUCAGUCUAGGCUCAGGCGCAUCCUACCUGCCGCAGGGUAACUAUCCAUAUCACAGUUGCCGCAUCAUGUGCCCCUCCAUUCUCAGUCAAACUCCGGAGGACUCAACUAACUCCGAUUCUAUCUUCCCUUCGUACCGCCGUUCAUGUUAUAUCUAUCUGCUAACAAAUAUAGUCAUGCUGCAGGUGCUGAUGUAUGGUAUUUGUGUGUUAUACGUUAAUCAAAAUAGUGUCACAAGAAGGAAGUCACUUCUUGAGCGGUAGUUUGUGCGUAUGUCGCAUCUGUGUUGUUUCCCUGUAACCUUGACGGCAAUGUUGGUUGGUCGGUACCUGUCGGACCAUUGGUCCCGUGUAGUCCCGAGACCAGCGGACCGCGCGAUGUCCUCGCCGCCCGCCAGGACCGUGCUGCCAAUACAUACCUCUCCUUGUGA